AUGGCGCUCCGGGCAGCUGGAGGUCGUUUAUGGCAGUUUCAGAGGAGCUGUCUGAAGGUUACCAGCUUUCAAACACUGGGAACUGUCAAAUACAAAAGAACCUGUCCCGUUGAAGUGAGCCAUCUGGAUCAUUUGGUGCUAACAGUGAAAAGUGUGCCAGAUACCAUCAGUUUUUACAGCUCAGUUCUUGGCAUGGAGGUGGUCACUUUUAAGGGAAACCGCAAGGCUCUGAGCUUUGGGCAGCAGAAGUUUAACCUUCACCAGCGGGGGCAGGAGUUUGAACCAAAAGCUAAGCAUCCAACCUCUGGCUCUGCAGACUUGUGCCUCAUAACCAAAACCCCUCUAGCUGAAGUAGCUGCUCAUCUUAAGGCUUGUGGAGUCAAGAUUGAAGAGGGUCCCGUGGAGAGGACGGGGGCUGUGGGGACCAUCACCUCACUGUACUUUAGAGAUCCUGACCAAAAUCUCAUUGAAGUGUCAAACUAUAACCAGUCAACAGCAAAGGACUCUUCUUGA